AUGUCUUUGGAUAUCUCAUCAGAUCUACAGGCCUUUGGUGUUCCUGUUGAUCCCAUAUUUGCAGCUUAUUCAAAGAAAGAUGAAGAGAUGCUUCUAGAAACGACCAGAAAUAUGCAUCGCAUUAUAAAGUACGUGAAGAUCGCCGUAGCGCUGGCUGGAGUAUUUUGGCCAGGAUCUCUUUUUGCCAAGAGAUAUCAGAAUCCAACGGCAGUAGUUUAUAUUUAUACUCCUUUUGAAACCCAUUCUUGGACUGGCUACUCAUUAUCCGUACUGAUGGAAGUGCUACCCAUAGUAUGGAUUGGAUACGGCCACUUGGCAAUCGACUGCCUUGUAGCAGCGUAUUAUGCACAGGCGGAAGUCCAAUUGAAGAUCAUCAAGUACAAUUUAGAGCAUUUGUUCGAUACCAACGGUGCAACGGACGGGGCAGAAGAUGGACGAUGUACUGCAUAUAGGGAUGAGCUGGAUAGAGACCUUAGGGGUCGCUUCGUGCAUUACGUUCAGAGAUAUGAAACCGUGGCCUGGUACACAAAUGAAAUAAGUGACGUUUUUAACUACGCGAUAUUUUUUGAAUUGUUCAGUUCCUCUGCUUUGCUUUGUUUGAUCACAUUCGUGAUGAGUUACACUCCAAUUGUAUCGAUAGCGUUCGUUUUCUACACGGUGAUGCUUAUUGUGUUGGUGAUACGGGUGUUCGUUUAUUGCUAUUUUGGCAACAUGGUGCAAUUUCAAAGUGACUCUGUAGCGACAUCGGUGUACCUCAGCGGCUGGCUGUCAGUGUCUCCUCGAUUCCGUCGCGACAUCCUCAUCGCUAUGCUGCGCUGGUCUAAGAAUAUCACACCGAUAGUUUUUGGGAUUGUUCCUCUAUCACUUGACACUUACGUUUCGGUUCUCAGAGCAGCCUACAGUUUGUUUGCGGUUCUCAGUACGAAACAGUAA